AUGAUCAAGCCGCCAUCAUCUUCACGUUUUCCUGUCCUCAUGGUGGCCGGGACCGCGAUCCCAAUGAGGAUAGAUGCCGACGUAUCGUAUAGAAAGACCCUUACGCCUUCCAUACGCCGCGUCCAAGAGUUAAAGCCACGCCUCUCCCAAAUCUUUUCUCCGCUUUCUCCGUAUCUUACGGCUGGAUGGAUGGAUUUCCGGUUAAUCAGAUUCACGACCGACAUUUCUCCGCUACUUUUGUUCCUUUACCUAGAUUCCUGGUCGACGGUGUGUAUCUCGUUGACAUCUGUUGUAGCACUCCUAGUGACGACCUGCAUGACCAUGAUGCAAUUUUUUUCUCGAUGA